GGUUUCUUUGCUACUCUGUUUCUUUAUCUCCAAAAAACACAGAGGAACCAAAACUAUGGCGAUUCCUCUGUCUUUGCUCUUCCUUCUAUUCCUUUAUGUUAUCUUCUCGAUCAUAUACACCAAGAAGAUCAAAGACUCAAGACAGAAUCUUCCUCCGAGCCCACCAAAGCUUCCGUUCAUCGGAAAUCUACACCAAAUUCGAAGACUGCUUCACAGAUGUCUUCACGAUCUUUCUAAGAAGUACGGACCUGUGGUGCUUCUCAAUCUAGGGUUUGUCCCAGUUGUGGUAAUCUCAUAUUCAUCGAGUGAAGCAGCUGAAGAAGUUCUUAAAACCCAUGACCUAGAGUGUUGUACACGACCUAAGGCUCUCGGGAUGCAGACAUUUUCGCGUAAGGGUAAAGACAUUGGUUUGGCGUCAUACGGUGAGGACUGGAUAGAGCUGCGCAAGCUUGCUAUACUCGAGUUCUUCAGCGCGAAAAAGGUCCGAUCUUUUAGGUAUAUCAGAGAGGAAGAAAAUGACUUGAUGAUCAAGAAACUGACAGUAUCAGCUUUGAAGCAAUAUCCAGUGGAUUUGAGCAAAACCCUUUUCUCUUUAGCUGCGAGUAUCAUAUUCAGAUCCGCCUUUGGACAGAAUUUCGCGGAAACCAAACAUAUUAAUAAGGAAAAGAUCGAAGAAUUGAUAUUUGAAGCUCUAAUAAAUAUGUCUUUCAAAUUCUCUGAUCUCUUCCCUACUGCUGGUCUUGGAUGGUUUAUGGACUUUGUUUUAGGAGAACACAAGAGACUUCAUAACAUUUUCGCCGAGGUUGAUACUUUUGUCAAGAAAGUGGCUGAUGAUCAUUUGAAUAUCAAGCAUGGAGUAACAACUCAAGAUCGUCCUGAUAUUGUUGAUGUGAUGUUGGAAAUGAUACAUAAACAAGAAGAAGAUGAUUCUUCUUUCAGGCUCACAAUUGAUCACCUCCAUGGAGUCAUAUCAGAUAUAUUUCUUGCUGGAGUAGACACAAUUGCCGUCACCAUGAUGUGGGCAAUGGCAGAGCUUGUAAGAAACCCGAGAGUGAUGAAGAAAACUCAAGAUGAGAUUCGAACUUGCAUUGUAAUCAAACCAAAAGAGAGAAUCGCGGAAGAAGAUAUCGAAAAGCUUCAGUACUUGAAGCUUGUGAUCAAAGAAACCUUAAGACUACACCCACCAGCUCCUCUCUUACUUCCAAGAGAAACAAUGUCUCAAAUCAAUAUUCAAGGAUACAACAUUCCCUGAAAAACUCUUCCUUUGGUUAACGCGUGGUCGAUCGGACAAAACCCUGACCGUUGGAAAAAUCCAGAGGAGUUUAUCCCGGAGAGGUUUAUCGAUGAUCCUAUGGAUUACAGAGGACAGAGUUUUGAGAUGUUACCAUUUGGUUCUGGCCGGAGAAUGUGUCCAGGAAUGAGUUUUGGGAUUGCGACCAUUGAAUUAGGACUCUUGAACUUGCUUUACUUUUUUGAUUGGGAAUUGCCUGAGGAGAAGAAAGAUAUGGACAUGGAAGAAGCUGGUGAUGUCAUUGUUGUUAAGAAAGUUCCUCUUGAGCUUCUGCCAGUUAUUCGAGAAAAACAUAAUCAUCCCAACCAGAACUCUUUUACCAUUCUGGAACUUCUUUUUGUGUUAUCAGACUGUCUUUUUAAAAAAAAAUGUAAUUUAUGUAACUCUGUUUCCAAAACCAUGUUCUGA